AUGGCACCAAGUAUAGCAACGGUAAAGAUAGCCAGGGACAUGGUUUUGCCAUUACGUAUAUUUGUCAAUAGAAAGCAGAUCCUUCAAACCAAUGAUAAGACUAGCAAUAAGUCGAAUGCCACUAUAUUUGAAGCACCAUUAUUAUCAAAUAACUCCAUAAUCUGCUUAAAAUCACCAAAUACAAGAAUAUAUUUAUCGCAACAAGAUAAGAAGAAUCUUUGUGACGAGAUCAAGGAGGACCUGUUAUUGAUUGUUUACGAACUAGCGUCCCCGGAAAUCAUCAGUUCCGUACUCAGCAAAAUAAGAGUUGGUCAUUCUACUGAUUUCCAAAUCAACGUUCUGCCCAAACUUUUUGCAGGUGCCGAUACGGAUAAUGCGGUAACUUCUCACAUCCAGUCUGUGACAAGGCUGGCUAAAUUCAAAUACAAGUUGCACUACAAACAUAAGUGGGAGCUCGACAUAUUCAUCAACAGCAUUAAGAAGAUCGCCAAUUUAAGGCACUAUUUGAUGUUUCAAACAUUAACAUUAAACGGUUUCUCAUUAAAUGCAGGACCCAAAACGUUAUUAGCUAGGAAAAUAGAAAAACAGCCCCAGGUACCUAAUUUGUUAAUAGAAAAUGGGGACGCUGAUGCCCUGGAUACACCGGUGGAAGAGGAUAUAAAACCUGUAAUAGAAUUUAUGUACAAGCCUGUUAUUAAUUUAGGUGAAAUUAUUGAUGUACAUGUGUUGCAUAGGCCUAGAAGACAUAAGGUACGUACCCAGUCGAAGCAACCCCAGGAGGAAUGA